CUGUGUUUUUUAAAGGUAUUACGGUAGCGUGAGGAAGGCGUGCUUUGCGUCGGAAUGUACCAUUCUACGAACACACCGGGAAGGAUUUUGUUGUGACAGCGGAGUAACAACCCGGCGGGGGAGACGGUCAUAACAGUUUAUUCAUCUUGGAGCAACAAUGGCCUUCAGCAAGGGAUAUCGCAUUUACCACAAGCUGGAUCCACCACCUUACAGUGUCAUAGUGGAAACUAGGACCAGGGAGGAAUGUCUCAUGUUUGAAUCAGGCGCUGUUGCCGUUUUGUCGGCAGCAGAGAAGGAGGCCAUUAAAAGUACAUACAGCAAGAUUGUUGAUGCCUAUGGAAUUCUGGGCGUCCUUCGCUUGAACUUGGGUGACUCCAUGCUCCACAGUCUCGUGGUUGUGACAGGAUGCAGCUCUGUGGGCAAGGUGCAGGAUUCAGAGGUUUUCAGGGUCACACAGACAGACUUUAUCUCUCUGAAGAAUGACCCAGGAGAUGAAGACCGGAUUGCUGAGGUGCGAAAGGUCCUUAACUCAGGACACUUCUACUUUGCCUGGUCUGCCACUGGAGUCAGCAUGGACUUGAGUCUCAAUGCACAUCGCAGGAUCCUAGAAGACACCACAGAUAACCGCUUCUUUUGGAACCAAUCUCUGCACCUGCACCUCAAACAUUACGGAGUAAACUGUGAUGACUGGCUGCUGAGGCUGAUGUGUGGCGGUGUGGAGAUCAGGACCAUCUAUGCAGGGCACAAACAGGCCAAGGCCUGCAUCUUCUCCCGCCUCAGCUCAGAGCGAGCUGGCACUCGAUUCAAUGUCCGAGGAACAAAUGAUGAUGGGCAGGUGGCGAACUUUGUGGAGACUGAGCAGGUUAUUUUCCUGGAUGACAGAGUUUCAUCCUUCAUACAGAUCCGUGGGUCUAUUCCUCUUUUCUGGGAACAGCCGGGAAUCCAGGUCGGUUCACAUCGUGUCAAACUCUCAAGGGGAUUUGAGGCAAAUGCACCAGCAUUCGAAAGACACUUCACUGCACUGAGGAGGUUGUAUGGUAAGCAGGUGAUCAUCAACCUGCUUGGAAGUAAGGAAGGAGAACACAUGCUCAGCAAGGCGUUUCAGAGUCACUUGAAGGCGUCAGAGCAUGCAACAGCAGUGAAGAUGGUGAACUUCGACUACCAUCAAAACGUGAAGGGCGGCAAGGCCGAAAAACUCCACAGUGUCCUCAAACCCCAGCUCAGCAAAUUUAUCGAAGAGUGCGGGUUCUUCUACUACUCUGGAGAUAUGGGCAUUGCAAGGACUCAGGGAGGGACCAUCAGGACCAACUGUCUGGACUGUUUGGAUAGAACCAACAGCGUCCAAGCCUUUUUUGCUCUUGAGAUGCUGCCUAAGCAGUUGGAACAAAUGAAUUUGACAGAGAAGCCGCAGCUGGUGGCCCGGUUCCAGGAGGUUUUUAGAACCAUGUGGUCUGCCAAUGGUGAUUCCAUCAGUAAGAUCUACGCAGGCACAGGUGCUCUGGAUGGCAAGGCCAAGGCGGGGAAGCUGAAAGAUGGAGCUCGUUCUGUGACGCGGACCAUCCAAAACAACUUCUUCGACAGUUCGAAGCAGGAAGCUAUAGACAUCCUGAGGCUGGGCUCGACACUCAACAGUGAUUUGGCAGACAAAGCUCGGGCUUUGCUCACCACUUCCAGUCUUUAUGUCACUGAGCCUGUCUUACAAUCAGCCUCCCCAAGAGUAUUGCUGGGAAUGUGUCAGAACCACCAUAAAUACACAAAGCCCAAGCAGAUCCGGGUUUGUGUUGGCACCUGGAAUGUCAACGGGGGUAAACAGUUUCGCAGCAUUGCUUUCCGUAACCAGACGCUCAACGACUGGCUGCUGGAUGCUCCAAAGAAGGCAGGCCAUCCUGAGUUUCAGGACAGCAAAGCCAACCCCAUAGAUAUCUUUGCAAUCGGAUUUGAAGAAAUGGUUGAACUAAAUGCUGGAAACAUUGUCAGUGCCAGCACCACUAACCAGAAACUGUGGGCAGCUGAGCUUCAAAAAAACAUCUCACGGGACCACAAGUAUGUGCUUCUUGCUUCAGAGCAGCUGGUGGGAGUGUGCCUGUUUGUGUUCAUCCGCCCACAGCAUGCACCCUUCAUCAGGGAUGUAGCUGUGGAUACUGUAAAAACGGGAAUGGGUGGGGCCACAGGUAAUAAAGGAGGCGUGGCCAUCCGCCUGCUGUUCCAUACCACCAGCAUCUGCUUCGUCUGCUCCCACUUUGCUGCUGGCCAAUCACAGGUGAAGGAGAGGAACGACGACUACAGUGAGAUCACACGCAGACUCAGCUUCCCCAUGGGUCGUCUGCUGUACUCACACGAUUACGUGUUCUGGUGUGGAGAUUUUAACUAUCGUAUCAGCCUGCCCAAUGAGGAAGUGAAAGAGCUCAUCAAACAGCAGAGCUGGGAUGCUUUGACAGCUGGUGACCAGUUAUUGGACCAGAAGAAUGCUGGUUUGGUCUUCAGAGGUUUUAUUGAGGGGAAGUUGGAUUUUGCACCAACCUACAAGUAUGACCUCUUCUCAGAAGAUUAUGACACCAGUGAGAAGUGUCGCACACCAGCCUGGACUGACCGCAUACUUUGGAAGAGGAGAAAGUGGAACUUUGAUAAAACAGCUGAAGAGAUGAAUGUAGUAGGAGCAGCUUCCACAUUUGGGGAGAAUGAGGAAGAUCCAGAUCAUCCCUGGAGUGCUGGCACUUUAAUGUACUAUGGCAGGGCUGAGCUGAAGACCUCAGAUCACAGGCCUGUGGUGGCAAUAAUGGAUGUGGACAUCCUAGAGGUCGACCCAGAAGCCCGUCACCAGGUCUACAAAGAUGUCAUUGCCCUGCAGGGGCCUCCAGAUGGCACUAUACUGGUGUCACUCUGCACCUCUGGCCCUGAUGACUACUUUGAUGAUGCACUCAUAGAUGAGCUGUUGGACAAGUUUGCUAAUUUUGGAGAGGUCAUCCUCAUCAGGUUUGUUGAGGAGAAGAUGUGGGUGACCUUCCUGGAAGGUUACUCUGCUCUGGCUGCUCUGUCUCUCAGUGCUUCCACUGUCCUUGGCAAGAUGAUUGACAUCCGUCUGAAGAGUCCAGGCUGGAUCAAGAGUCUGGAGGAGGAGAUGAGUGUGGAGAGGAUCUGCGGAAGCAUUCCCACAUCAGCCAGCUCCACCCUGCUGGCCGAAGACACAGACAUGGGUGACGACGAUUAUGAUAUGGAAGGUGAUGUGGAUGAGGAGGUGGAGGAGAUCCUUCCCCAGCAUCUGCAGCCCGGAGCAGGCUCUGGCCCAGGAUCCUCCCCUCUCCCUUCUCCUCGCAGUAGUCCCUGUCCCUCCCCUACCCAUGGAGAACCUCCUGUCCCCAGCAGGCCUGGUCGUGGACCACAACCUUCCCGACCAUCACAAGGACCUCCUGUAGAUUUCCAGCCCGGUGCCCCCACAGCUCAAAGCAUGGAGCCCAAACGCCCACCUCCCCCUCGUCCCAAUGCGCCCCCAGCUAGACCUGCACCACCUCAACGCCCACCACCACCUUCAGGAGGCAUGAGCCCUCUCCCAGUUAGAAAGGACUCUGCAGACUUUGGCCCAUGCCCCAGCCCACUGCUUGGUAGGAGAGGCAGUGAAGGACCAAAAAGCCCUGCUCUUCCUCGACCAGAUUCCGCUGCAGGUCGAGGCCAGGCAGCUGGAGCUCCUGGACCUGCCGGUGCUCCCAGACCAAAUAUUCCUCCCCGAGCUGGAGUGAUCAGUUUGCCCCCUCAGACUCGUCCACCACCACCCUCUCAUCCUGGAGCACCCAGGCCCAUCCCUGAGGUGCAUCCCGGUGCCCCUCGGCCCAUCCCAGACACCCACCCUGGAGCCCCACGACCUAUACCCAGUGCUCAGGCCAAACCGACUGACCUGCCUCUGGGUCCCCCUCCUUCAGGUCCUCCACCCUCAGGACCUCCUCCUGCAGGCCCACCUUCAGGAAGACCACCGGUUUCGUCACCCAUGCAGCCACCCAUGCAGCCUCAACCAGCUGCCCCUUCAUCUCAGCCUCAGCUUCCACCGCCGAUGCAGCCCUCACUUCCAGCUCCUCUCCUGCCGCAGCAAGCUGCAGCUCCCAAAGCAGCUGCUCCAUCUGCUUCACCUGCCGCCCCAGCCGGGCCUCAGCAGGGUUUAGCCUCUCCUAAACCCCCGCCACGUUCCCGCUCCUCUCAUGCUCUGCCGCCUGAUGCUGCCAAGUCUGAUACAGCCCCAGCUGCAGAGACCAAUGGACUGAAUGGAAUCCAAAGAGAAGCACAAUGGAAGCCCGACCCCUUUGACACACUCACAUCUGACUUCCUGUCCUCCUCCUCCUCAUCUACCUGGCACACCACCCAGUCCCUGACCAGAGGCUCUUCUCUGCGUACUCCCCCCGCCGUUCCCAAAUCAAUGUUCUCCUCCACCACGCUCCCUUCAUCCCUCUCUUUCCAGUCCUCUGCUCUGUCAGACCUGCAGGCCUUUGAUUCCUCCUCUUCUUCCUCACUCUCCACCCCGUCACCAUUCGCAUCCUCGCUGCUCCCUCCUCCUCCGGUCCCAUCUCGCAGCCGUUCUCAGGAGACGCUGCGUGCCUCCCCCAACCCCUUCCCGACGGACUCGCUGCCUGCCCGACCCAGCAGCACCAACCCCUUUACAGGCCCGCUGGUGCAGCAGCAUCAGCAGCGGCGAGCGCUCACCCCAGACUUCAGCUCCCACCAUCCAGCCCCAACAGCAGACCUUCAGAGAACCCUGUCUGCUCUUACUCCACCACUCAUCCCUACCUCUGCUCCAAUGGCAGCCCCUGCAGCUGCACCCACCUCCCAGCUCCACAGGACUGUGUCCCUGUUUGGACCAUCCCCAAGUCUUAACCCCUCACCUGCUCCUCUGCUCCCUCUCGCCCCUGAACCAUCUCCUGCCCCUGCCCUCCCCCUGUCGUUGCCCUCCUCAAUUCCACCUGCCCUUGCACCUCGUCCCCAGCCGCCUCCCCCAGCAGGGAAACCUGCUCAGCAGUGGGUCACUUUUGAUGAUGAUUUGGAUUUUCCAUCUGCAACCAAAACACAACAGAACCCUGUCUUCCCUUCCAGUUCAAUACUGUCCCAAAGUCAGCCUCCGCCUCCAAGCUCUGUGUUUGACUCGGAGCCCAAGUGGUUGUCCUCCGCCCCAACAGCAUUCCCAACGCUCCCCCCUCCCAUCCCAAAAAUAACUGCAACCAGUAACAAAAGGCUCCAAAAGGGAGCCGGUGACAGCUGCUUGUUCCCAACGGAGUCGACAGAAAGAUAGGAUCACCCUUCACAUAUAAAGGGCAUAUCCAGAUAUGUAUAGAUCUAUAAUAAAUGUGUAUAAGUGUGUGUAUGUAAUAAAGAGACAGUAUUUAAGAAGCAUAGACCAAUCCCCUUCUGAAUCACAGGAAAGGAUUUAUAUCUGGAGUGGUAAUGUGAGAAGCGAGUGAGCCUAAAUGUGUGUUCUAACUUUACGACAGAGAUGUUUGCUUGUUCCCUGAUAUUAACACUUAUUUUAAUAUGAAUCCUUCUGAUGUUUAUUUUUAUUUAUGGCAGCAAACAUGUGCCUGUGUCUACCGUGUAUUGUUAUGUAAACUAUAUCUACACGCACAAAUCGUGUGUAACCCACCUGUGCAAUAUCAAGACACGUUUGUGUGGCUCUGCAGCUCGCUGCGUUCGCCUGUGAGGUUUCAUGUAAAUCUGUAUAACUUCGCUACUGCUACACCUGCCGACACACUGCGGUUCAUAUCCCUCAUUCUGACUGAUUUGUUCAUCAGAGGGGAAUUCUCAGAGUAGAUGGUAACCUUCUACUUUCUUGGUUUUUGUCUCCUAGCAGAAGGCUAUACGCUGCAGGUUUUACAUUAGCCCCCAAAUCAGGUUGUUUUGACUUGCAAAUAGUUAGCUGUACGUCUCGUCUGUUCUUUUUCGUCUGAGAGAUGCAAAUUUAAAAGUGGCAUUGCGUGCUUGCUUUUAUCUUGAAUGUACUUUAUUUGGCACUGGGUCUCGUCAUCGCCUCGUUGCUGACACCACAGUGUGAAAACAAGCAGCACGAGUCAGUCGGUCCAACUGUCCACUACCACAGGACUGAUGCUCUGUAAUGUCUCACCCGUCUGACAGUAAAGCAUUAUGUACUUUCUCUAUCCAGUCAUCUUUUGUUGAUAGGCAGUUACGCUCAGCUGGAGAUAUUUUGUAGCUCUUUAUCAAAACCUAUACAUAGUGAUUAUGUAUAAAUGUACGUUUUCAAUACGGAAACUACUCGCUAAAUGUGUGCGUAUGUGAUGACCAUGCCAGUGGUUUGCACAAAGUUGCUGAUAUGCACUGAAAUGCUGUGUGUGCUCUCCUGGUUGUGUUGUGUGUCGAUGGCAUAAAUUGAGGGCGUGUAGAUUGAACAGAUGUGAGCGCUGUUUGAUUUUCUCCCUCUCUGCAGUGUUUGGAUCCUUCUAGAUUGUUCCAAAGCAUCCAACCAUGCUGUUGUAAAUUCAGAGGAUGCCGUGUGCGUGUGUUUGCUGUUGCUCCGAGUACGAAAAGGAUGUGAUUUAGGUCUGUGGACAUGGCACUGAACACAUGCCAUCCAUAACAAUGAGAGGGCACUUCUUUUUCUUUUUUUAAACUUUUUGUUUAUCGACAAAGUCAUGCUUAUCAUUUCUAAUAGCAUUUACUCUAAAUAAUCUAAUAUCGUUACUGUGGUGAGAAGUGAUGUAAUGUGUUUGAGGUGCAUAUCGUCCGUCGUCGUGUUUAACAGUGUUUGUGUUUGGAUGUGGGUGUGUGUACAGAGUUAAGAGUGGAAUACUGGAGCUGUUCCCUUAGGAAAGUCUUCACUUUUCAGUAUAAGCAGUGUAUUUCCUUACAGGUUCUGAACUAACAGCCACCGUAUUCACUCGUUCACGGCUGUAACUGUGUAUCUGCUCUCCUGCCUGCCAGCAGCUAUGGAACAGCAUCACUGUAUGUGAAAAGAAUACAAUGCAGGACUUUGUUCCCCCCUCCCUCUAAACCACCUAAAUGAGAAUUCCUCUGUAGCAACACUUAACAGAUUAUUCACCACUUUGACUGAAUACGUUGACAGAACUACACAGUAUGCUCAGACACAAAUGCAUCACCAGAAAACAUUUCCAGUUGAAUGUUGUGUCUUUAUCAGGCGCAAUGUGGCACAUUCCAGACAGUAGUGAGAUUUGAGUGUUGAGUGUCAAAUCCAGCUGUGAUAUCCAACCCAUGCUUGUUUCCUCCUGUUGAGGGUUUUUGUUACUGAGACUCUCCGAUAUCUUUCUUGAGGUGUGUGUGUGUGUAUGUGUGUGUGCAGUGUUGUCAGAGGUGAUGUGUCAGUAUUUCGCCCUGUACUGUACUUUCACUGCUGAUGGUCGGCGUUCGUGUUGACGGUAAAGGCAAGCAAUAGACGUCCAAAAGGAUCAGCGGUCGUACCAUCCUCCCUAACACAACACACGCCAGCUGUUGGAGACUAAACACAUGCCGUUCCCCCAGCCCUCAGAAAUUAUGUAAUCGGCUAAAAUGCCUGAAAAGCUAUUUGAUGGAACGCAAAGAAAGAAACUUCAGAUGUAGGAAGGUCCCAGCUAACUAAUGCUUCUACGCUAUGUUUAAACACAUCCACAAUAAGAAUAAAAAAAACUUCAUUCACUGCAUUGAAAGCAGUAGCUAUCUAUGUAAGCAAGUGUAUCAGGCUGCCUUUGCUUACAUGUCGGUGUCAUCUCUUAAAUGCAUUUAUUGUGUUAUCCAAAUGUGCGCAGUAGAUACUGUAUCUGCAUUAACAGUAGGUGACUAGCCAGUGCUUUGUGUCAUGUCACGGUUCAAGAUGAGAUUUUAUAGGAAACAAAUUGCUCCUUUUGUGAGGUUGGUGUCCCUUUUUAUGGCUAUAAUCCAUAGUAAAUAAAAUUCUGUGUUGUGGAACAUAUUCUGUAUGUAUUAAAGUGCAAACAUGAAACUGUAAUUCAUGUUAUUAUCAAACGUUCCAUAUUUUAAGUGCCCAGCAGAUGGCACAUUUAUGUAUGAAGCAGUUUAUGUUGUAUGUAUGCAAAAAUAAACGUAUGUUGACAUGA